AUGUUUUACUCUCACAUUUUCCCCCCUCUCUCUCUCUCUUUCACUUUCUUUUUACUUCUCCUCUUUCUUUUUUCUUCUUCUCUUAUUUUCUUCUCUCUCCACUUCUUUGUUUAUAUUUUUCGCCUCUACUUUUAUUCUCUUUACUCCUUUUUUCUAUUCUUCGUUUCCCUUUUGCUUUCUGUCUUUCUUUCUGUUUCUUUCUCUCUCUCUUUCUUUCUUUCUUUCCCCUUCUCUAUCUUUUACUCUCACCUUUUCUCUCUCCCCACUUUCUUUUUAUUUCUCCUUUUUUUUUCUCCUUCUCUUGCUUUUUCUCUCCCCACUUCUUUUUUCUGUCUACUUUUUCGUUUCUACUUCUUUUUUCUCUUCUUCUUUUCCCUUUCAUUUUCUAUCUCUUUUUCUCUUUCUUUUCUUUUUUCUUUCUUUCUUUUUUUUUUCUUUCUUUCUUUCUUUCUUUCUUUCUCCCCUUCUCUAACAUUUGCUCCCACCUUUUCUCUCUCUCCCUUACUUUCUUUUUCUCCUCCUACUUUUUUCCCUCUCUACUUCUUUUUACGUCUCUACUUUGUUCUCCCUACUUCUAUUUUUCGCUUUUUCUUUUCCCUUUCGUUUUUUAUCUCUCUUUUUCUUUUUUCUUUCUUUCUUUUUUUUAUCUUUACUCCCAAUCCUUUCUCUCUCUCCUCAUUUCUUUUUCCUCCUACUUUUUCCCUCUCUACUUCUUUUUUUCGCUUCUUCUUUUUCCUUUCGUUUUUUAUCUCUCUUUCUCUUUCUUUCUUUCUUUCUUUUUUUUUAUCUUUUACUCCCACCUUUUUCUCUCUCUCUCUCUCUCUCCCUUACUUUCUUUUUCUCCUCCUACUUUUUUCCCUCUCUACUUCUUUUUACGUCUCUACUUUGUUCUCCCUACUUCUUUUUUUCGCUUCUUCUUUUCCCUUUCGUUUUUUAUCUCUCUUUCUGUUUCUUUUUUCUUUCUCUCACUCUCUCUCUCUUUCAUAA